AAAACAAAGAUAAAGAUGCAAGACGAUAUGACAAAAAUAUACAUUCAAAACAACAACAGAGAAGUUGUGACUAAGCUAUUUAAGGUUGUGAGCGGAACUGUAUGGUAAUAUUGCAGCAACGACCGUCGUGCAGUUGUUCGUUCGUGGGUCACAUUUUCGGCAUGAACAAAUAUAAAGAUCAUUUUGGGUUUUUUUUUUUUUUGUUUGUUUAUAAAUCCUCCAUCCAUAUUCUAAUCCACUUAUCCUCACUAGGCUCGCGGGAGUGCUGGCGCCUAUUCCAGCUACCAUGUUUUGCACACUCGUCUAAUGCGUAAUUUAAAUUUCAGCAAUAAAGAAUACUUGCUAAUAAUUGUGUUACGUUCAUAAAUCUCGUAACUGGGAAAGAUCGAAUUGAGGCAACUUCACUGGUUGAAUUUUAUGAAAACGUUCAAAAAUGACUUGGCAACCGUGCUAAAGGCUAACAAUAUUUCUCAUCCCACAUAUAUUUAAAUAUUAAGACGGUAUGAGUGUCACGUGAGGAUAUCCACAUCCGGUCAUAUUUGUUUACAUUUUAGGGGGUUGAUGCGAAGUGAAACAAUAAAUACAAUAAACACAACAAAAACAAUACAACAAAAUGUGGUACGAAUACUUACUGUCCACGCAUUUACUACGUUUUGUAUGUUAAAUGUUACAUUUAAAAUGUUAGAAUGAAUACGGCCGAAUUGACAUAGGGCAUUUUUUUCCCCAGUAAAUUAACUACGGUAAUAUAUAUAUAUUCCAUUUAAGUUUGUAAAUUGUCAUCUCGUGGUUUGUUACCCUCGUACAUUGAAUUUCCAGUAAAUGAAUCUUUUUCCGGGAAAGGCAAUGACGUCAUUGGGUCCAAAUCCGGAACUUGUGGAUUGGCCAAUCAUCGAGGACACCCGGAAAAAGGCGAUUUUAAGUGUGUUACAGAUAGUCUGCUGGAUCUACCGGGCGGGCGGAGUUCGUAGCUGUUGCUUUGGCCGCCCAGUUCGGGUACGGAAGUGACGGAGGCGGAAUCGCUCAUGACUGACACGUCUAAAAAUGUCUUCUUGGAGGUUUCGUUUUGACUUGCGCGAAAGUGACAAGCCGAGCUCGUCCAACGACAUUUUCUGAGCGCCACACUCACAGUUUCGAUUUUCUGCGUCGUCUGUGAGGCGUCAAGUGGACGUUCGAUGGGUGCGAAUCUGAGCUCUGACCGCGUCGCCUCGGAACGUAUUCCGUCUUCUGUUGCCAGCAUGUCAAAGGUCUCGGUUCCUCUGGAGGUCCUGGAGGAGAUCUUCUUGAAUCUCCCCCCUCAGCAGGUGGUCCACACUUGUCGCUUAGUGUGCCGCCAGUGGAGAGAAAUCGCCGACGGCCAGUCGCUGUGGCGAGACCGAUGCCGCAGGGAAGGUCACCAUCACCAGCGCGAGGUCCCCGCCGACUGGAGGAUCUUUUACUUCUUGUGCGAGAAGAGACGGAAUCUCCUCAAGAACCCUCGGGCGGAAGAUCAAAUGAAAGAUUGGCAGAUUUUGGACAACGGCGGUGACCAGUGGAAAGUGGAAGCCGUCUUCGUGGCGCACCCCGACCACGCCGUCAAGAACAGCUUUGUGACUUCAUACGGGAUGUGCAGGAAGUCCCAGCUGAUUGAUUUGAAGUCGGAAGGUUACAACGCGUCGUUCAUGGAUCGCUUGCAGCCGCGCAUCAAAAUAUCCGAUUGGUACGCCCCUCGAUGGGACUGCGGCUGUCAGUACAAGAUCCACGUGGAGCUGCUGAGUCAAAAGAAGAAGCCCAUUCAAAUCUUUUCCCCCGAGGAGAUUUUUUUUGAGCAGUGGAACGACGGGAACUGGAACCAGAUAACCCACGAGUUCCAGAACUACGGCCCAGGAGUGCGCUACAUUCGCUUUAUCCACGGAGGCAAGGACACGCAGUUCUGGGCCGGGUGGUACGGCAUUCGCCUUACGGACAGUUGCGUUGAGAUAUGUCCUGCCCUCGACACGUAGUUCUCCUUUUUUCGCCAAAUGCUAAAAAAUUCCAGGACUGGCGUCCCAAAACGUGUUCGGUAUUUCAAAUCUGGACUCUGCCGCGUUUUCCCAGCCUUCGAGCACCGCUGGAAGGAUUUUUUUCCAGGGAUCUCCCGCAGCGCCGUCGUCGCGUCCUUCUCAUCGUCUCUUCCGCGACUUCAAAACAGGUCCGGGAGUCACACGAAUCCAAGGUUAAGUGAGCUAGCUCCAGAGCGGUUCUGACACCAGUCCUGGAACCUUUUUGACACACUUUGUUUAAUGCUUCCUGCCUGGCUUUUGCGUGAUAUUGCACAAAUUUCGCUAAUGUCACUUGAGGAGCAUCUUGUUACCGACAGCAAAUGAGAUCUUAUUUUGCGUGGCAUCAAGCCAAAGAAAGCAGAGCUAACGCUUUCAUAUUUCUUUCGGUGAAGUAACAAUAUAUAUCGUGGUCACGUGACGUUUUAUUCUUCUGCUUUGACUUGGAAGUCGAAACUUGAGAUUCCGGCGCUGUCAAUUACAAAAAUAAAAAGAAAAUCCGCUUACUUUAAUGCUGACAAAUAGCAUACACAUGGGUGUGUAUUCUUUAUCCUCUGCAAAAAGCUCCUUUUAGUUCAGCUUUCCGAGUUCCUCCGCGUACAUUGCUACAAAACUGAAUAUAUCCGUAUGAUCGUUAUUAUGCUGUUCCCAAGUGGCCCCAAGUCUCGAUGCUUCAGGCGCGGGGGGG